UUUCAAACUCCAGGUUACUCUCCAAACAACUUUUGCCCUCAGAACUAAAAACUAACUGACAACAAUUUAGAGGCCAGCCAUGGGAGCACUUGGAGUUUUUAUUGUCACCUUCCUUUUCCUUGGAGUAGCAGUGUCACAAGGCAUUUUUGAUCUUUCUGACGCUCUUUCUCAAGAUACCACAACAACUUCCCCAAGAAGGUCAGAAAAUCAGGAGUGCCCAAAUGUUGCCCGAGACAUUGUGUUAUUGAUUGAUGGGUCUAGUAGCGUUCGAUUGGCGGAAUUUGUCGCACAGAAGUUAUUUGUUGCACACUUCAUUAAAAUUUUUCCUGAAAAUACUCUGUUUUCCCUCCUGCAGUUCUCCAACAAAAUUCAGGAGUAUUUUGACUUCAGAACCUUCCAAAAUGACAAACACCUAAACAACGCCCUACAAGGAGUUCGUCAGCUGUAUGGCUCUUCCUACACAGCCACCGCCAUCAAGAAAGCUGUGGAACAGUUCACCCCCCAGAAAGGCGCUCGCAGCAAUGCCAAGAGGUUCCUGGUGAUUGUGACCGAUGGAGAGAAAACUGCGGAUCCCUUGAACUAUGCAGAGGUUGUCCAGGAGGCUGACAGAGCUGGAAUCACGCGCUUCGCUGUUGGGGUUGGUCCAGGGGUUACAAGCAGGCAUGUCCAGCGGGAGCUUCAUACCAUGGCUUCCCGACCUGUCACAGAACAUACCAUCAUCCUGAGAGAGUUCUCCGAUCUUAUGGAUAUCCAACUGAAAGAGAAGAUUUGUGCUAGUCACGGUACUGUGGUUCCACAGCCCACAUUAAUACCUCCAAUUUCUUGCACCUCGUGCUCAGACCCCCGUCUGUUGCAGAAACUGGAUCAAUUAGUACAAGGCCUGGAUCAAGUAAAAUCCCAGCUGGACCAGCUAGCUGCCAAGGUUGGGAAAUGUGGACCUGGUUCCCGCGGUUAACAUUGUUUGCAGCAAGAAGAGAGUGAUGCAGAGAAAUGCAGGACAAGCUUAAGGAGUUGUAUUUUUAGUGCAGUUUCAAGGAGCCAAACUUCUGAAUUUAAUCUAAAUCCCAAUAUGAUAUUGAAGACCCUUUGAGGCCAAUA